AUGCGUGCCACCACCACCAUCAUCGUCAUCGCCGGCUGCGCCAGCACUGCCUUUGGGGCCGCCACAAAGAUGUUCAGCGACGAGAACUGCGGCACCGAAGUCGACAAGAAGGUCUUCAACGGUUUCUCGACCGGUGAUGCCCCCAUCCCCUCCGACAUCAAGUCCAUCAGGACCGACUCCUUCUCCGAUACCUGGUUCGCCUACCAGGACAGCGAGGGCCCCAACUGCAAGGGCGACCUCAUCAUGCGCGUCAAGAAUGAUGAGUGCAUCAAGACUGCUGAUCUUGGUAUUGGCUGCACCCGUCUGUGCAGCGGCGGCUUGGGAGGUGGAGAUUGCGCCAGCGCCCAGGCUUAG